UUAGAGUGACAGCAAUGAUAUAGCAAUCAAAACAAACACACAAAAGCAGCGAAAAAGGACAAAUUCAACAGAGGCAAGAAAAAUAUCGACCAUGUAAUCCCUUUCGCGUUGUUUUUACUGUUUUAACCAUAAUUGCUACCAAUGUGUACGUAACACGCGCAUUAUCAUGGAUAGUGCAUAAUCUAAUCUAGUCAAACGUACAACAGUUCAAAGUGUUUGUUGAGGUGUUAGAAGUUGAGUUUUUUUUUGCAUGGAAAGAGAAGAACCAUGAGCGAAGCGGACCAUCGUAGAAAAAAUCCUUUCGCUGCUCCUGCCCGACAGAGUGACAUGCGGCAGGAUGCUGGAGACGAUUUCGAAGGUCACGAGCAAUACGACGAAACGUUAGGCGAAGAAGUUCCAUCGGCGAUGACGGAAUCGUACAGUGAAAUCGCCUACACGCACAACCUGUUCGCAGGAGCGGCUGCCGAAGAAACGGACGGUGGUGCUAGCAACGGUAACCAACCGGACGGAUCAUCUUCGUCCUCGUCGUCUUCGCAGACGAAAAAACGACCCGACUCCUUGGUGUGUGAUGGACGUAAAGCUUCAUUCCCAUACAACCUCGAAGGAACCGUACGGGUGGACGGCAACAUGACGCACUUUGUGGCGGAAAACUUAGAGUACAAAAUCAAGCUAGCAAGCCCGGUGACGGUCACACGGAAGGAUUCUUGCAAUUUGUCCAGCUCGCGGCAAAGCACACCCUCGGCAGCUACCGGUGGUCUCAGCGGGCUAAGCUUUGGUCCCGGCACUAGCGGUGCUAAUUUAACGCUGCCCGGUACUAGCAGCAGCCGAGGACCGAUGGCGUACGGGAGUGGAUUCGUCGCUCCCCAUCCAGCAUCGGCCUCGUCCGUCGAUCCGAACGUGCUGAACGAGAUCGAACGCGAGGCGCAAGCGCUAGCCGCAUCGGUCGACAAUCUGUCGGAAAGCUUGUGCAGCGUGCUGCACUCGAUCUCCUCCAUUACGGCGGACAAUGUGGAGAUUUACAAAAACUCCGUCACGAAGCUGACGGACUGCAUGGACGGUAACAUCAAGUGUAUGUACACGAUAAUGGCCAAAGCGGAGGAAAUUUCUAAAACGAUCAAACCGGCCGAAGCCCUAGCAGUAAGAAUACGUGAAAUUAAACGACUUGUCGACAUGCUGGAAAGCAACGUUUGAACGUGACAGUCAUCUACAGGGAGAGGCAUUGUUACAGCUGCGCGUGAGAAUUAUGUACACAUUCCGCCUAUUUGGUACUAUAUAAGUAUGAGAGAUUAUUUAUUACC